AUGGAUCUGCCUACCUCUUAUUGCGGUUUCUUUUUAAACAGCAGCAGCGCCCAAUACACACUCGGAUUCGUCACUCGCUUCUUCCCCUCCUCCGGUAAAAAGCUUCUGAGCGGUCCAAGGAUACAGCGGCGCGUGCUAAAUAAAUUACUUACAACAAUUGCGAUUUUAAUCUCUGUAAUCUUAACAUUUUCGUGAUCGCCAUUUCUUUUCUCCAUUUUCCUUCAACUAAUUCAAUUAGAUCCAUUUCUCAGAGGAAUUUAUUACUAGAUCUAACACUGCUCUGAUGGAUUUUCUUUUACGAGAUAGGUCACUCUCACUGCGUUGAGGCAUGGAUUCCUCUGUGGCACUUUUCAACCAGCUCAAGGUGAAUCAAGGAAAAAAAAGAAAAAACGCAAGCGAGAUGUUUGUGAAAAUGCCCCAAAGAAUGCAUUCGAGCAAAUAGCCCAUUGCACUUUUAAAAGCCGCGGAGCCCUUUUUCUUAUUAGCAGGCCCUAAUGUUAUCGAAUCUGAAGAGCAUGUUCUAAAGAUGGCUAGACAUUUAAAAAGUGUCGCAUCCAAGCUAGGAUUGCCGCUGGUCUUCAAAUCCAGCUUCGACAAAGCUAAUCGUACAUCUUCAAAAUCAUUUCGAGGGCCCGGGUUGGAAGAAGGUUUGAAGAUCCUUGAAAAGGUCAAAGUCACAUAUGACAUUCCAAUAAUCACUGACGUGCAUGAAAGCUACCAGUGUGAAGCUGUAGGAAGAGUUGCUGAUAUUAUCCAAAUUCCUGCUUUCCUCUGCCGCCAGACUGAUCUUCUAGUUGCAGCUGCUAAGACAGGAAGAAUAAUCAAUAUUAAGAAAGGCCAAUUUUGCGCUCCAUCGGUUAUGGUAAAUUCUGCGGAAAAAAUCAGACUAGCUGGGAACCAAAACGUGAUGGUUUGUGAGCGUGGCACCAUGUUUGGCUACAAUGAUUUGAUUGUCGAUCCAAGGAACUUGGAGUGGAUGAGAGAAGCAAAUUGCCCUGUUGUCGCAGAUAUUACACAUUCACUGCAACAACCUGCUGGGAAAAAGCUUGAAGGUGGCGGCGUGGCGAGUGGGGGUCUGCGAGAACUAAUACCUUGUAUUGCAAGGACAUGUGUUGCAGUUGGCGUGGAUGGGAUCUUCAUGGAGGUACAUGAUGAUCCCCUAAAUGCGCCUGUUGACGGUCCAACACAAUGGCCAUUGCGCCAGUUGGAGGAGCUUUUGGAGGAACUCAUAGCUAUAGCUCGGGUCACUAAGGGGAAAAAGCCAUUCAAAAUUGAUCUCACACCGUUUCGUGAUUAACCUGAAGCGGCCGAUAACAAAAGGCGCUGCAUCUGUGCUUGCAGAUCUGCCUACUCUGAUGUGAACCAGUUCGGUCUACGUAUCAGUAGUGUUAAAUGUCUUCUAUCGUACAUUUAGUCAUCGGUACCUACUUAUCGUAUUUUGGAAGCGGCUUCUGAAGACGUCAGUAAACUGUAGGUGUUUAUUGGAUCUUGUUGGAGAUUCUGGGAAAAUCGCUAUUCGAAUGAAAUGGUCGAAACAAGUUUUGAUUUCCAAUAAAACUUCCUCGAGAGCUCUUUGUUGCAGUUAUAAAUUUAAUUGUGAAUUCUCAGAUAUGGGGUUUUGCUUUU